GCUGGAGCUCGGUUCUAAAGCCCAGAAAGCGAAGAAGUUGCAGCCAGUUAAGGAGUAGGAGCCAUGGCUGCAACUGCUCAGUACCUGCCCAGGAAUAACACAUUGCCUUCCAACCCUCUGAUGCAUCCGGACUCCGAUAGGAUGCACCAGGGGACCACCUACAGAGAGGUGCAGAAGAUGAUGCACCAAGAGUACCUGCAAGGCUUAGCCUCGAACGCCGGCCACCCCAUGAGCCUCACUCACCACCAGUGGUUGCCCAAUCCCACCAGCGACUGGGGCAGCGGCUCUCACCUGUCCGGGCAAGCUGAGCACAAAGGUGGGGUGCAAACCAGCAGAGAGGACCUCAGCACCACUUUCCACCACCACAGGUCGCACCUGGUCCACCAACAGACUCCCAGCACUCACGCCUGGGCGCAAGGAGGGGGUCACCACCUGUCUCCGAUGUCCCCCAGCUCCAACAGCCACCAGCCUCUCCUCUACUCGCAGUCCUCCUACACGAACCUCAACGGCAUGCUGGGGCCCCAAGCUUCCACUUUACACCACAGCAUGAGGGACCCCUUGCACGACGACUCGGGGGUCCUCGACACCCACGUCGAGUCACCCCCUCAGCAUCUCAACCACCAUCAGGACCACUCCGACGAAGACGCCCCCAGCUCCGACGACCUGGAACAGUUUGCCAAGCAGUUCAAACAGAGGAGGAUCAAGCUGGGCUUCACCCAAGCAGACGUUGGCUUGGCACUGGGCACCUUGUACGGCAACGUUUUCUCCCAGACCACUAUCUGCAGGUUUGAAGCCUUGCAGCUGAGUUUCAAGAACAUGUGCAAACUCAAGCCCCUGUUGAACAAAUGGUUGGAGGAGACCGAUUCCACCACUGGGAGCCCCACCAACCUAGACAAGAUCGCAGCCCAAGGAAGGAAAAGGAAGAAGAGGACCUCCAUAGAAGUUGGGGUGAAGGGAGCCCUGGAGAACCAUUUCCUAAAGUGUCCUAAACCCUCAGCCCAUGAGAUCACCAGCCUGGCAGACAGUCUCCAGUUGGAGAAGGAGGUGGUGAGAGUUUGGUUUUGCAACAGAAGGCAGAAAGAGAAAAGGAUGACCCCAGCAGGGGUCCCUCACCCCCCCAUGGAGGAUGUGUAUUCACAAGCAGAGACCCCUCCACUCCAUCACACGCUGCAGACCUCUGUACAAUGACUAGAACAUAGAUAAAGAGAGGAUGUGGGGGGAUGAAGUAAGUACUUUUGGAUUUUACAAAAGAAAAAAAAAAUCCUAACGGGACCCCUAGAAAGAGACUGGAGUACUUUUGGCCAGAAGAAUAAAUUAAGACACCACCAUUAAAAAAAAAACCUUUUCCUAAACCUUUUUUUUUUUUUUUUUGGUACACCUCAGAUCAUCUAAUAAUCUUGUUUCUUCUUGAAGGUAAAAAAAAAAAAAAAAAAAAAGGAGAAGGGGAGGGAAGUAAUUUAUUGAUUCAGAAUAUUGUGGGAUAGAGGCAGAUUCUAAGAACUGUGAAUAUUUUUAUUAUUAAUGUAAAUUCUCAUUCUCACAAAUUUGUUGGCAGCUUUGAAUGGAAAUGUGUGUUAUUUAUUAAUUAGACUAUUUAGCUCCUGAAGUGCAGUACAAGGGAACUAUCUCUGGCAUGGAAGUGGAUGCUAUAAACCCCUGUUGUUUUUAAAACAAAAAAUAAAGUAACACUUAUUUAUUCAGAUCCACAAAGUUUCUUUAAAAAAUAAUAAUUAAAUUAAAUAUCCAAAGUUUUAUUUAAUUCUGUUUUCUUUUUUUAUUUGUUAUUUUUAGUAUUAUGUGUAUGUUUUUUAAAGUCAUUGGCAAAUACCCUAUUUAUACCAAAAAGUACAUCAUGGGACAGGCAGCAAAGUGAUGCUGCUAUGUAUUAAUUAAGGAGAUGCAUACAUUAUUUAGGAUCCUUAUUAAUUGGCAUAGUUAUACUAUGACUUGUAAAGUCAAAAUGCCAGUUUGCUGUUUAAUAUUAAGUCUUUCUCAUAAUGCCACUAAAGAUACAUUUACUGUAUCCAUAUGCUUUAAUAGAUUACACAACCUCAGACAAUUGCCUAGCUCUAUAAAAGCAAAAAAAAAAAAAAAAGUAUAUGGUGUAUACUCUACUAAAGGAUAACAAAACCUCAGACAAUUGCCUAGCUCUAUAAAAGCUAAAAAAAUAAAUAAAAUAAAAAAGUAUAUGGUGUAUACUCUACAAAAGGGGAAUUAUUUAAAAAAAA